CUUGUAUUGAUUGGCGCCAUAUAAAAGGGCGAGAAAGAUCCGAGAAAAAGGGCUUGUUUUGGUUUUACUGGGAUAUUUAUAAGCAAGCAUGGCUAUUCAAGCGCAGUUGCAUACAGAGAAUCUGGGUUUUCCUUUAGGUGGUUCACAAGAUUGGAUGGACAAUUGUUGUGGGUUCAAUGAACUUUAUUUCAAUCCUCAUCAACAACAGCAGAAACAACAACAGAUGCAACAUCUACCCUUACAAAAACUACAGCCCAGAAAUCCUAAUUUAUAUUUCGACACUAGUUUGCUUCCCAAAAGCAACAACAACGGCCCAUUGAUGUUUUCUCAAAGUAUAGCAUCUCAGAUUGAGAAUCAGAGGCAAGAAAUUGAUAGGUUGAUUAGUCUACAGAAUGAAAGAUUGAGAUUGGCUUUUGAAGAGCACAGAAAUCAGCAAAUCUCAAUGAUUCUGAAGAAAUACGAAUCAAAAACACAGUUUUUACUUAGACAAAAAGACGAACAAAUAGUAAAAGCCAUGAACAGAACAAUAGAGCUGGAGGACUUGUUGCAAAGAAUGGAGAUUGAGAACCAAACAUGGCAGAGAGUGGCUAAAGAAAACGAAACAAUGAUCAUAUCUCUAAACAACACAAUCGAACAACUCAGAGAAAAUGCUUGUCUCUCAACCAAUAAUAUUGAAGAUGCAGAGUCUUGCUGCGAUAUGAUCGAGAACAACAGAGGAGACACAACAGAGAACGAAAGGGGUGAGGGUGAGGACAACACAGAACAUCAACAUCAACAAAACAAUGCAGCAGAGCAGAGAACGAGAAAGAUGAUUUGCAAAAGAUGCAAUUCUCGUAGUUCGUGCAUUAUUUUCCUACCUUGUAGGCACCUUUGUUCAUGCAAAGGUUGUGAAGCUUUUCUCUAUUCUUGUCCUGUAUGUGAAAUUGUAAAGAAAGCAACUAUAGAGGCCUUGAUCUGAUUUUCCAGGAAAAUUGAUAUUUUUCUCCUGGAAAAUAGAGAGAGACGAUUGUUGGAUUUGGUCAGUAGGGGGAGGAUGAGCAUGAACAGAACCCAUUUUGAUUUUUACAGUAUAUGAGUAGUUUUUUGUUUUUAUUUAUAUUUUUUUCUACUUUAGAAUUUCAUGUUUUUAGAUUUGAUUUGUAAGUAUAAACAACUGUCAAUCUACUGAACAGAGUUACAG